AUGACUUAUGGAGAUUACCCAAAAGAAUACGACGCAUCAAAACACGGGCCCUACGACCCAGCGAGGUACUAUGGCAAACCCGACACUCCCUUCGGACAGGUAAAGCUGAACGAGCUGGGGGCUUGGUUAUCUCGAAGGCAGAAGACCCCGUCCGCAGUCCUGGGGGCUUGCAGCCGAGCCUGGUGGCGCUGGCAGCACAAGUACGUGCAACCGAAAAAAGUCAGCAUGGCGCCGUUUUACCAGGUCCUCGUCGGGUCAAUGACGUUCUUCUAUUUCAUUAAUUACGGAAAAAUUACCCACCACAGGAACUAUAAGUACCAUUAA